AUGUCGUUCCUACGACCAAUACUUCGACGCGGCCAUGCUAAUCUGCGGAUCCGUCAUCUGCGAGGUCUGGCCACAGCUACUGAGCCAGCUUCGAACCACGAUCAGCAACAUCACGCCACCAGCAACAGCUUCGUCAAGGUCGUCGAAGUCGGUCCCCGCGAUGGAUUGCAGAACGAGAAGAAGACGAUACCCUUGACGACCAAGAUAGAAUUGAUAGAGAAGCUAUCGAAGACCGGACUCACCGACAUCGAAGCUGGCUCCUUCGUUGCUCCGAAAUGGGUGCCGCAGAUGGUAGACUCGAGCGAAAUCCUCGAGUAUAUCCUCAAAUACCCUCCAACAUCCCUGAACCCAAUCGCCUACUCCUUCCUCGCGCCCAACUCCCGCGGUCUCGAAAACGCGCUUUCGAUAUUACGAGCACACCCUUCUGCAUACCAAACCUUCUCCCCGCAAUCCACACCCUACGAACCAGACGAAUCAGGGACCCCUAAUGCAUCCGCCGGAGAACCGACAGGUGCUCCUCCGUUCAUCGAGAUGUCCGUCUUCGCCGCCGCGACGGAAUCAUUUUCUGAAAAGAACUUAAAUUGCAGUAUCGCGACAUCUCUCGAGCGCUUCCGUGAAGUGAUUACCAGGGCAAAAACUCAUGGUUUGAGAAUACGAGCUUAUAUCUCGGUGGUUCUGGGCUGUCCAUUCGAAGGGUACGAUGUCGAUCCCAGGAAAGUGGCGGAGAUAGCGUGCGAUUUGAUGGAGAUGGGCGCUGAUGAGAUUGAUCUCGGCGAUACGACGGGGAUGGGGACCGCGCCGAGGACGGCGGCACUGUUGAAUGCUAUGCAAGCGGCCGGUAUACGGAAUGAGGAUAUCACGAUGCAUUUCCAUGAUACUUAUGGGCAGGCGUUGGUCAAUAGUGCGGUUAGUUUGGAGCAUGGGAUUAGGAGGUUUGAUGCAAGUGUGGGUGGCUUAGGGGGCUGUCCGUAUAGUCCGGGCGCAACGGGAAAUGUGAGUACGGAGGACUUGGUGUACUUUUUUGAGAGUUUGGGCAUGGAGACGGGGGUUGAUUUGGAUGCACUUUGUGAGAUUGGGGAGUGGGUUAAUAAGGAGAUUGGGAAGGAGAAUGGGAGCAGCGUUGGGAAGGCGUUAACCAUGGGAGACCCGCGGGAAUCGUCGUCGUACAGCGUUACGCCCAGGAUCCGGUAUAACACUAUUGGCGGUGUCAAUGGGCCUUUGGUGAUUUUGGAGAACGUCAAAUUCCCUAGGUACAAUGAGAUUGUUACUUUGACGCUGCCUGAUGGCUCCGAGAGGUCUGGACAGGUUUUGGAGGCGAGAGGUGAUCGGGCUGUUGUGCAGGUGUUCGAAGGCACGCCUGGCAUUGAUGUUAAGAAGACGAAAGUCGAAUUCACAGGCCAGAGUCUGAAGCUCGGUGUGUCGGAGGACAUGCUUGGACGUAUCUUUGAUGGAUCGGGAAGAGCUAUCGAUAAAGGACCUAAGGUCCUUGCGGAGGAUUACUUGGACAUCAAUGGCAGUCCUAUCAACCCUUACUCUCGAGUCUACCCCGAAGAAAUGAUCUCGACUGGUAUCUCGGCUAUCGAUACGAUGAACUCGAUUGCUCGUGGACAGAAAAUUCCUAUUUUCUCCGCCGCCGGUCUUCCGCAUAACGAAAUUGCUGCUCAGAUUUGUCGACAGGCUGGUUUGGUUCAGAAGCAGGGUGUCACGAAUAAGGGUACACAUGACGGCCACGAGGAGAAUUUCUCGAUUGUUUUCGCUGCUAUGGGUGUCAACUUGGAAACUGCCCGUUUCUUCACGCGAGAUUUCGAGGAGAACGGAAGUUUGGAACGUGUGACUCUGUUCUUGAACUUGGCCAACGAUCCUACGAUUGAACGUAUCAUUACUCCCCGCCUUGCCCUUACCACCGCCGAAUACUAUGCCUACCAACUGGAAAAGCACGUCUUGGUCAUUCUUACCGAUCUGACAGCAUACUGUGAUGCUCUUCGUGAGGUCUCAGCUGCUCGUGAAGAAGUACCAGGUCGACGUGGCUAUCCUGGUUACAUGUACACGGAUUUGUCGACCAUCUACGAACGUGCGGGUCGUGUUGUAGGACGAAACGGAUCCAUCACGCAAAUUCCUAUCCUGACUAUGCCCAACGACGAUAUCACCCACCCAAUUCCCGAUUUGACUGGUUACAUUACUGAGGGACAAAUCUUCGUUGAUCGUCAACUGUCCAACCGUGGUAUCUACCCACCGAUCAACGUCCUUCCAUCGCUCUCCCGUCUCAUGAAGUCUGCCAUCGGUGAAGGACACACGCGAAAGGAUCACGGUGAUGUUUCCAACCAACUGUACGCCAAAUACGCCAUCGGUCGUGACGCAGCCUCAAUGAAAGCAGUCGUCGGUGAGGAGGCUCUGUCCUCCGAAGACAAGCUCUCCCUUGAAUUCCUAGAGAAAUUCGAGCGAACAUUCAUCUCGCAAUCCGCAUACGAGUCAAGAACCAUCUACGAAUCUCUCGAUCAGGCAUGGAGUCUACUGCGUAUCUACCCGAAGGAACUCCUCAACCGUAUCCCGUCCAAGAUCCUCGCGGAGUUCUAUGCGAGAUCUGCUGAUCGUAAAGGCAAGGGACGCGCGACGAAGGAUACGAAAGAAAAUAGUGAGGAGGGGAAGGCGAAUGGUGGGGAGGAGAACCUUAUUGAUGCAUGA